AUGGAUAUAACCGCCGAUCGUGUACCCGUUGUGACAGAGUCUUCGCCGAGAACUGUCGCAAAAACCACAGGGUCGGGUGUCGACCGCGAGCGCGGAGCGCACGCCGACACCGGUGUUGCUGGUGCUGAUUCCAACAACGCGCCAGCAGCCGCGGAUCGGCGUUUCGCAGCUGCCGACAUAUCGACGGUCAAUGGUGAAAUUGAGCGCCUGCCGGUGUGCGACGGGUCUCAGGAGGAAGGCAGCACCGCGACAGGAUUGACGGAGCAAUCAAGUGUGCAUGGGUCGCCAGAGUACGAUUUUAUAGCGGAAGGAUUUUUCACACCGUCGUCGGAGGUUGACUCGGGGCGCUACUACCGCGGGUUAUACACACCUGGUGCCGGGUACAUCGGCGCGUCCGUCGACGGUGACGAACAAUCAACCGGCGACGCUCCAGUGUCAUUUCGCACACCGGAGUGCAGGUCCCCCGCAGCAUUUGAUCAGCUAUUCGCCGCCGGCGUCUCGCUGAGAGUCCCAUCCCCGCAGUCGGAGCGAAGCACUCCGGGAGUAUAUUCGCCGCAGUCAUCGGCGAAUGUUCUUCCCGAGGCUGCGCAAAUACUGCUAGAGCUAGAGAAGAAGAGUUUGCAGCAAGAAGAGGGCCUGCCUCUCGCGCCGGAGCGAUCCAACAGCUUUGACACGGUCGUCGUCGACCACGACGACGACAGUGUGGCAGACGACCACCAGCCGUUUGGCGAGACCACUGGCAACACGCCAGACAGGAGGACCAGGCGUUUCUUCAGGAGGGCGCCGACCAAAGCGGACAUCGAGGCUGACAAGGCGAUCGUGCGCAAGUGGUUUGAGAAAACAGCGAACCUGCGCACAAUCACGGUCACAGCUGGAUCUAGGCACGUCAAGACGUCGCAGGAUCAACGCUGGAGUAGUGCAUGCAAGCCGGAAACCAAAGAAGUUUAUUCGUAUUUGGACUCCAGCACUAGGGAGUUCGAUAACAACGGGUGCUCAUCGGGGCACUCCAGCGAUUGUGAGCCUCCGAAUCAGGGUUCUGUUGCCAACAGGGAGGCGGUGAAAGGGCCUUCGCGUGCACGGCAUAACAACGCAUCGCGCACGGAGGGGCUGCAGCCGCUAUCCAGAAAUACUAUUAUAGUGUCUGUGCUGCCGCCGCGGCAGGUGUUUCCGAAGAAGGCCGCACGUGCUACACCGCCAGCGCCCAAAGUAGCGCUUCCAGAGAGACACUCUCUGCCACCGCGGUUAACGAGAAAACCGCUAAUAUAUCCCAGGCGACGGAGAAGGAGGACGAUGGACGGCAACGCCCACAAGGACGUCGUCCAAGGCGACGAUGACCAGCAGAAACAGGGUCAACAACUUGACCAACAGCAGGGUCAAGAGCAGUAUCAACAGAUGGGUGGACAACAGUAUCAACAAAUGGAUGGACAACAGUAUCAGCAAAUGGAUGGACAACAGUAUCAACAAAUGGAUGGACAACAGUAUCAACAAAUGGAUGGACAACAGUAUCAACAAAUGGAUGGACAACAAGAUGAGCAGAUGCAGCCUGAAGAAGGGCAGGAAUAUGCGACUGAGCAGCAACAAGAUGCUCAACAAUACGAACAGACUCAGCCUGAAGAAGGGCAGGAAUAUGCGGCUGAGCAAUUUGCCGGUGUCACUUCAGCGGUCCCUCGCGUCUCGGCGGCAUCUGGCGAGUUCAUGCCCAUGGCCGAAAUCAUCCUGAUUACCACCUCUCUCGGGGGCGUGAAAUACCAGUUCUUCCAGUCUAACCUGGCACGCCACAUUCUGGAUUGCAAGGGCGUUGUGUACUACGUCGUGGACGCGAACCGCGAUUUCACCACCGCAACGUCGCUGAAGGACCACAUACUCUUCGAGAAAUGGAACGCCGAGGGCAUACUCAAGACCGAAACCAUCGGACAGCGCACCGCUGUGGUCAUCCCGCAGCUCAUCAUCGACGGAGUUUCCAUCGGCAACACGACGGCCAUGCAGGACCUGGAGGACGACGGAGACCUCGACUACAUCAUUGCGAGGAUGUUGUGCCCCAGCUGCCUCGCGGAGAAGCCGCAGGACGCGGUGCAGUGCCCCAGCUGCAACACGCAGUACGACAUGCUCGUGCCGCCGGAAUACUGCGACGGCGUCGACAUACAGCGCAUAUGCCAGGGGACGCUCGUCGGCGUCGACAAUGCAGAAGAAUAA